CUGGGGUUCGAGGAUGUGAUCGCGGAGCCUGAGCUGACCCACUCCUUCGACAAAGUGUGGAUCUGCAGCCACGCGCUGUUCGAGCUCAGCAAGUAUCUGAUCUACAAGUUCCUGACCCUGGUCCUGGCCGUCCCGCUGGCCCUGGUUGUGGGCAUCGUCUUUGCCGUACUCAGCUGUUUGCACAUCUGGAUUGUGGUGCCUUUCGUGAAAACCUGUCUCAUGGUCUUGCCUUCAGUGCAAACUAUAUGGAAGAGCCUGACAGAUGUCUUUGUCGUACCCUUCUUUCAGAGCAUAGGCCGAUGCUUUGCCAUGGUUAAUAUACGCCUGGACCAAGAGUGA